CUCAGGCGGCGGCCGGUUCCUGGGAGUGUCGGUGCGGCGCGGUGGUUGGGCGGAUCCCGCGGGGCCCGGGCGGGGGAAGGAGGCGCCGGCCCGGCCAUGGCGGACAACGAGAAAGUGGACAACCAGCGGCUCAAGAAUUUCAAGAACAAAGGCCGCGACUUGGAGACCAUGAGAAGACAACGAAAUGAAGUCGUAGUUGAGUUAAGGAAGAAUAAAAGAGAUGAGCAUCUCUUAAAGAGGAGGAAUGUACCACAUGAAGAUAUCUGUGAAGACUCUGACAUAGACGGUGAUUAUAGAGUGCAAAAUACCUCUUUAGAAGCUAUUGUUCAAAAUGCUUCAAGUGAUAACCAAGGAAUUCAGCUAAGUGCAGUUCAAGCUGCUAGGAAGCUUUUGUCCAGUGAUCGAAAUCCACCAAUUGAUGACCUAAUAAAAUCUGGAAUAUUGCCUAUUUUAGUCCAUUGUCUUGAAAGAGAUGACAAUCCUUCUUUACAGUUUGAAGCUGCGUGGGCUUUGACAAACAUUGCGUCUGGAACCUCUGAACAAACUCAAGCAGUAGUUCAGUCCAAUGCUGUGCCACUUUUCCUGAGGCUUCUCCAUUCACCUCAUCAAAAUGUUUGUGAGCAAGCAGUGUGGGCAUUGGGAAAUAUCAUAGGUGAUGGACCCCAGUGUAGAGAUUAUGUCAUAAGCCUUGGAGUUGUGAAACCUUUACUUUCCUUCAUAAGUCCAUCUAUUCCUAUAACAUUCUUAAGAAAUGUUACUUGGGUUAUGGUAAACUUAUGUCGCCACAAAGACCCACCACCCCCAAUGGAAACCAUUCAGGAGAUUCUUCCAGCCCUUUGUGUUUUAAUUCAUCACACAGACGUAAAUAUAUUGGUAGAUACUGUCUGGGCCCUCUCUUACCUUACCGAUGCUGGCAAUGAACAGAUACAGAUGGUAAUAGACUCUGGAAUAGUUCCUCAUUUGGUCCCUCUGCUCAGCCACCAGGAAGUUAAAGUUCAGACUGCUGCGCUUCGAGCUGUAGGCAACAUCGUUACUGGAACUGAUGAGCAAACACAAGUGGUUUUGAACUGUGAUGCUCUUUCACAUUUCCCAGCACUUCUGACACAUCCCAAAGAGAAAAUUAAUAAAGAAGCAGUGUGGUUCCUCUCUAACAUCACCGCAGGAAAUCAGCAACAGGUUCAGGCAGUAAUUGAUGCCAGCCUCGUACCAAUGAUAAUACACCUUUUGGAUAAGCUUUUUUACUUGCAGAUGAUUCCCAUGAGGAGGCACGUACUGUCUGCCUUGCGUCUGGUGCGGUUGGUGAGCGAGUUCAAGUCCUACCAGCCUAAUCGAGCUGGUUAUGGUAAAAGUGACCGUAAGCCUUUGGGGGAUUUUGGCACUCAGAAGGAAGCUGCUUGGGCCAUAAGUAACUUAACAAUUAGUGGAAGGAAAGACCAAGUGGCCUACCUUAUCCAACAAAAUGUUAUCCCACCUUUUUGCAACUUGCUGACUGUAAAGGAUGCACAAGUUGUGCAGGUAGUACUUGAUGGACUAAGUAACAUAUUAAAAAUGGCUGAAGAUGAGGCAGAAACCAUAGCCAAUCUCAUAGAAGAAUGUGGAGGACUGGAGAAAAUUGAACAACUUCAAAAUCACGAAAACGAAGACAUCUACAAAUUGGCCUAUGAGAUCAUUGAUCAGUUCUUCUCUUCAGAUGAUAUCGAUGAGGACCCUGGCCUCGUUCCAGAGGCCGUACAAGGUGGAACGUUUGGUUUCAAUUCAUCUGCCAACGUACCAACGGAAGGGUUCCAGUUUUAGACAGAUGUUGUGGAAGUUAGGUCCAUGCAGCACUGAGAUAUAUAUAUAUACACAUAUAUAUAAAAAGGUUUGAUCCAUCAAGCUUGGCUCAUGGGAUCUGCUGCUGCAUUAAAUCGGGAAAGAAAAUGUGAAGAUUUCAUUUGGAAUCACAGAAAAUGCCCAAAUGAGGUCAGGAUGGCGAGUGGAUGCGAGUGAGAAUGAGUGGCAAAAUGUAAUGAAAACUUUACAUGGAUGCUUAUUUAGGUUGUUAAAAGUAAAAAGGGCUACAGGUCACAGAUCUUUAGUGCCUGAGAAGGAACACUGACUUACUCUGUAUCAGUCGAGGGGAAAGUGCAGUACUGUCAUCUUCAAACCUUGUAAGCAUAAAAGAGAAUAGGAUGCCCGUAUGAGUCAAAGGAAAAUGAGCCCAGGCCUUGCUCUGAAGCAGUGUGUGAGUGGACAAUGUUGGAUGAAUGUCUGGCUCAGUGAUGGAGAGCCAGGUUCAUCUUUCACAUCUAGGGCUCUUCACUCCUGAAGCAGACUCCUAGAGCUGGAGUGACUGUGUACGAGAGUAUGGUUGUAGUGCUGUAUGUGAACGCAUGCAAGCUUGAUUCGCCUUCAGGGGGCUGAUAACAAACCUAGUAAAUCAUCAAAGUGAGAUCCUAAGUGUUAAAGUACACUGGACAUGAAAACAAAGACCGGUUUAGCAGCAGACAUCGGUUUACUCUGCAGCCUGUGUUUUCUAUCCCUCCCCUUCCCUUUUCCCACCUCCCGCUCCCACCCACCCACCCCCCCCCCCCCCUUUUUUUAAAGCCUUUAUUUACUUUACCUAGUAUGGCUUUUUAGUUGCUUCUCAAGUCAGAAAACUUUUCAGGAAGGUUCCCUGUGCAUUUGCACCAGAUGAGUGUUUGAUGCUAUGAAAAGCUUUCCAUAUCAUCAAAACGAAUUUGUGUAGAUUUUUGCAUGAAAAAAAAUCAUAAAUUUCCCUCAAAAUAGACUGUUGCAGUACACAAGUUGCCAUAAUAGUAUAAAACAGUAAAAUGUACUUUAAAAGCCGUCCUUUUCAUUUUCAGAGAUAACAUAAAGAUCUUUGCAUGAGGUAAAUCUACAGCAUAGUUCAUUUUUAGAUUUUGUUGAGUCCUGUAAAGAAGAAGAAGAAAAAAGUUUCAGUUGUGGUAGAAUACCGUGCUGUGUUUAAAUGUUACUUGUUUUCAAAUUUUGUUUUCUAUGAAAAUGAUAUGGAAACUUCUAAAAUGGAAUUUGGUGCAUAUGUACUGCCGAAUAAAGACCGAUGAAGAGGUUUGAGUAGAUGUACAAAUCAAGUAAUGGUUUGAACACCUUUAACUAUGCCUCAUCUGUUCAGUUGUUUUAGAAUCUUUUUAUCUUAGAUGUAGGCAGCCAUGAACAAUCUAUUUUGAGCCACUUUAGGGAGAAAACUUUGUAUUUUUAAAACUUGCAUAAAAGUUAUGCAAGUGGUUUUUAUAAAUUGGAAUAAUGCCUCAGUUUUGAGGUUAUGCACACUAAAUUAAAUGUGACAUAAAUUAAUUUGUACAAAAAGAACUCUUUAUAAGGUGGCUCAUUGUAGGAAAUCCUGUGCCUUCCCCUUUGAGCACAAGUGUUGCAUGAACAACAGUUUGCUGUAAGAAACACACACGAUUAGCCACCAUUAGCAUCUAUAUCUACUUUGUGUUUAAAAAUCAACUGGUAAUUCUGAAACACUGUAGAAUGGAUAAAAAUUAUUUUGUGAUCAUAACUCUUUGUUGAACUAGAGUAUUUUUGCAGCAUUCCUUGUCAUCAGAAACAUGGUUAAAGUUUAAAACUAGAAGCAGCAGAAAACUAGCUUGUAAAAUUUAUCCAAGUAGAAUGCAGGCUAGGCUGUCUUGGGGAAAUAAACAUUAAAACUUAAAGCAAUGUUUUAAA